AUGAUCAUUCUUCGAAGUUGGUUAGAACAUCUUUUUAAUUGUGCUUUUGAAGAUGCUUAUUUUAAUAAAAUCAUAUUUAAUCCAAAAUUAAUUAGUUUAUUAUUUGAUAACGACAAAACAAUCCCUCCACACUUCCAUAUUCAUAGACCGAUUAUUGAUGCUGGCAAUACUACAAUUAAAAAUAUUUUUGAAUUCGCUUUAAAUCAUUUAAAAAUUUCUGGAGGUCUUGGCGUCAGUUUUGUUGAUGUUGACAAUUCAGAACAAUAUAUAGAUAUGAUAUUUAAUAUUUUAAUAAAUGAAGGCAAUAAAUUACCUAAAGUUUAUCUAGCAAUUUGUGGAUUAACAAGACUUUAUUAUCUAAUUGUUGAACAUAUAAUAACUUCUAAAGAUUGUUCAAAAAUGGUUGCUGAUAUUAAUUUAGAUUAUGUUUGUGUCACUACAAAUUUUAAAUUAAACGAAAGAGCUAAGAAAGUUGAAAUUAAAACAUUAAAAUAUAAUAAAGAUACAAAAUUCCAACUUGGCAAUAUUUACAAUUCAAAAGUGAAGUUUGAAUUCUACAAUCAAGAAGGGGGAGAUGGGGCAUACAUUAUGAUAAAUUUAAUGAAAUAA